CAGAAGAGAAACAAGAAUACUUCAGCUUUAAAAACAAGUGUCUUCUUCUUCAUAUUUCAAACAGUCGCAAUGAAGUUCACAGUGUUUCUGAGUGGACUCCUUCUGCUCCUGCUUCUCAAUUGGACAGAAAGCGUUGAAGAUGACAAUGUGGAUAUCAAUACUCUUGCACGUAUUAUAAACUUCAUUGAGGAGAACUAUAAGAGAGUCGAUGGAGAUCAACAUCCUCGUCAGUAUGCUACAGCCAUCAACGUGCCGAAGAAUCAGUGUCAACAGAACUUCAUUCCUUCACAGAACAACUUCCUGACUCAAGAGGAUGCGGUGAACGUGAAAAAUGCUAUUACUGAUGACACUAAAGCACUUUACCAAGGUGCAGAACUCAUCGCUGCAGGAACCAAAAAGGUUGUGAUCAGUAAAAAGAAGCAAUACAACAUGCAUUCAGAGUCUCUUCUGCUGAAUCCUGCUGACAACUCACCCAUGACCAAACUAUUGAAUAAAAGAAAAGACGGCUGCUCGGUUUUCUUCUCAUUUGAAUCUCCCUGUCUCGAUACGUGUCUGGAUGCAUCAGGCAGACACAGCAUUUUAAGGGGCCUGGAGAACUGGAAAGAACACAGUGGAAUCAAAGCUUUUGUCUUCAAGAAUUUCUGGAAGUUUGACACUAAAAAAGAUCUUCAGACCAAAUUUAAGCAGAUCGUGGCUCACGUUCCUCUCUACCGCUGUGUGAGUGAGAAUCAGUGUUAUGCUUGUAAAGGUGAAGGAAACACUCCCAUAGACGCACAUUGUCUGCCUCCAGCAGAAAACUAAGAUUUAUACAAUAGCAUUCAUUUCUUGCAAAUGUGAUUAAGAUCUGUCCUUUUGUUUGGAAAUUCAUUAUGCUUAGAUGAACUAGUAAAAAUAAUCUUGCUUCCUGCAUGAACAAAUAAAUAUUUCUGUCUGUUUAGCAAA